AUGGUUAUUUCAAUUUUAACCAAUAUAAGAGGACAUCAUUGGUUAAAUAUGGAAGGAAUCGAUUAUACAACAUUUUUUACAUUCAACAUAAGUAUUUUAAAUGUAUUUGGUUUUUGGAAACAAGAUACGAACUAUCGUCACAAAAAAUCAUAUACUUUUUACAAGAUAAUUUCGUCGUCUUUUUGGAUUUCUUUUAUUUUGACACAAUUCAUGUAUUUGUAUACGAAUCUGCAUAAUUUCGAAGAAUUAUUAUCGACGUCUUACUUCACAAUUCCUUUAUUCGUAUGUUCGUACGCGUUCAGUUCGUUAUAUAGAAAAAUAGAUGAGAUCAAAUUGUUAUUUAAAAAAUUCAACGAACCCAUUUUCCAACCCAAAUGCGAGGAACACCUUCAGUUAUCAGCAUCUACGAAACGAUCUUAUACUAAAUAUUCUCAUUUCCUAAUUUAUCUUGGUAUGCAAACAAUUGUCUUAUAUAUAAUUGCGCCGUUUUGGCAAGAAGGAAGGGUGGUACCAACUAGAGCUUGGUUUCCAUUCGAUUGGAAACGAUCACCAAACUACGAACUCGUAUGGAUUUAUCAAAGUAUAACUUUGAUUAUAAUUAUGAACGUACUUGCUUGUCUACCAGCUUUUUCUACUGGUUUAUUGAUGAUGAUUGGUUUGCAAUGCGAUUUUUUAAAUAUAACUUUGAAUAAUUUGCAACGAUUUCAUGAUAAUGAUAAGGAAAACGCGGAUGUUAUGAUGACGAAUUUGAUCGUCUGUAUUCGGCAUUACGUACAAAUCAAAAAAAUUGCUGAAGAAACUAAAGAUAUUGUUAAUGUACAGAUGUUUGUACAAUUUUUGGGCGGAGCAGCGAUGAUUUCUACUAUUCUAUUCACAUUAUCAACUGCAAAUAUUGAUAUAUGGAAUACAAAUAAAGUAUCACCUGUUGAUACAGAGUGUUAUUUCAUUGUUGUUACCUUAGUCAAUUCUCUCGCCGAUAGUAGUUUUGUUAUAAUGAAAUCGAAGGUGAAGAUGGGAAGUCCUUUGAGUAUAAUGCUUGCUUCACUUUCAUCGUGUAUCCUGAUAAUGUUGUUUGGUUAUUGUUGGAUUGGAAAUAAAAUAAUUGAAAAGAGCAGCGACGUUUUUAUAACCAUGUAUAAUACGCCGUGGAUUGAUUGCGACUUGAGAUUCCAAAAAGUACUUUUGCAGUUCAUGACAAUGACAAAAAGUCCGAUUCAGAUUACAGUAGGCGGCGUUAUAUCUAUAUCUAAUGCUACUUUCAUGUCGAUCGUCAAAUCUUCAUAUUCAGUAUUCAGUUUGCUGCACAAUACAAACAAUUAA